UCAAAACUAAAAACGCACGCACUUGGGUGUUUUAACGCGAUAAUUGUGAAUAAUGUGGCAAAGUUUAAUCGCUUGUACUUAGUUAUUUAUAUACAAUUACCGCCAACACACUUUCCAGCGAGAUAGCAACAGACAGGACAGACAGACAACAGAACCGUCAGACCGUCGUCGUAGUAGUCAAAUUUUCUUACGCACUAUUUACUCGUCUCAGUCGUGUGUCGGUGUCGGUGUGUCGAAAACAAAACGCAAACGAAAGGAAAGAAAAGCAAGCAAACAUUACAAAUUACUCAAAAUUCCAAAGUAACAAGUUAACACAAACGAGUGCGCAAUGAGUGAAAAGGCAACUACAGCGCCGACAAAGGAUAACACGCCCGCUAGGCUCAAAAUUGAACAGGAAUAUAAUGACAAAAAAACUGGAUCGGGAUGGUUGCGAUACUACAAGGAAAUAUGCGAAGUAUGCGAUCGUGAGGCUAAGGAGCAACAGUUCACCACAUUGGAAUCGGAGCGUUCACAGAAUCGAGGACUGAAUCGAUAUAGGGAUGUAAAUCCGUAUGAUCAUUCACGUAUUGUGCUGAAACGCGGCAACGUUGACUACAUCAAUGCCAACCUGGUGAAACUGGAACGCGCCGAUCGUCAAUAUAUACUGACACAGGGUCCGCUGCCGGAUACGGUGGGUCACUUCUGGCUAAUGGUAUGGGAGCAGAACUCGCGUGCAAUUCUCAUGCUCAACAAGCUGAUGGAGAAGAAGCAAAUUAAAUGUCAUCUCUAUUGGCCCGAUCAGCUGGGACCCGAGCAGGCACUCAAUCUGCGGGAUGUCAACUUAUCCGUGGAACUGAUCUGCUGCGAAAAUUAUCAGAACUUUGUGCGUAGAUGGUUCAAAUUAACUGAUCUCGAAACGAACACGAGCCGUGAGGUUAUGCAGUUUCAUUAUACAACUUGGCCGGACUUUGGCAUACCCAGUUCACCGGAUGCGUUUUUGAAGUUCUUGCAGCAGGUUCGGGAUUCGGGGGCAUUGAACAAGGAUGUCGGACCCGCUGUGGUGCACUGCAGCGCCGGCAUUGGUCGCUCCGGCACCUUUUGUCUCGUCGACUGUUGUUUGGUGCUGGUGGAUAAAUACGGAGAAUGCAAUGUGGCGAAUGUGUUGUGCAAGUUGCGCAGCUAUCGCCUGGGACUUAUACAGACGUCCGAUCAAUUGGACUUCUCAUAUCAGGCAAUCAUCGAGGGUAUUAAAAAGUUGAACGACCCCAGCUUUCUUGAGGCGGAGGAGCCAAUCAUUAGCACUGACACGGACCCACACACGCAGGAUGAGCAACCGCCGCCACUGCCACCGCGUUCGCAUUCCCUCAACUUGCCAUUGGCGCCCAUCACAGGUGGUGUGCUAUCCCUGGACAUGCGAGCUGCUCAGGCCAAUGGCGAGAAUAUUGGCGAGGGCGAUGCAUUUAUCGAUAAGCCGGCACUGAGCAGCAAGGAUGCGCUCAAUAAUAUAAUUAUUAAUCACCAUGAAAUCAUAAAUGCCGAGGUGGCCGACAGUCUGCUUAACAAUCGUCCAUUGCCGCCGUUGCCAACGUUACCACAGCAUAGUGAACAGGAGUCGGACAGUGAUGAUGAUGAUGAGGACUAUGAGGACAACGACGACGAUGAUGAGGACGAGGAGUACGAGAACAUUAAUGAACAUAAACUGGAGCAACCCAAUGGCAAUCUGACAUUGUUGCAGCCACAUGAAGAUGAUGUUAAUGCAAACAGCGAGAAGCCAACGGCAGUAGAGCAGCACAAGGUCAAUGGCAUUGAUUUAACAACGAGUACCGGAGAUGAGCUGAAGCGACGAAAACGCAACGAAUACCAAGCAAAUCUGGAGCAGAAAGUCAACGAAAUCAAACGGAAGCAGCGAGAGAACGAGGACAAUCAGCAGGCGGCGAAAAAACGAAGGUCAUUACUCACAUAUAUUGCGGCAGGUGUUGUUGUUGGCGUAAUUGCCGCAUACGCGUAUACGAAGCUAGGUUAAGUCCUUGCCCCCGUUUAUCGAGCCAGGAAGUAGCCCGUAGAUGUAGCAAUUAGCAGUAUGUAGUGGCACUAGCGUGACAAUGAUCCCAAUUCUGGGCAUAUGUAAUGUAUGUAUGUAUGUAGGUCUUAUCGAGCUAACAUCAAAUGUCAGCGCGACAUAAACACUUGCACUCACACACACACACACACGAGAUGGACAGCAAACGAAUAAUCGAUCAAUGCGAAAGAUAAAUCGCAUUUGUUGCAAUGAUAAUGACAAUGCAUAUUAGGGAAUUUUUUUUAUAUAAAACGAACACAAAAACAAAAAAUAAUGAAAAACGAAAACACUAAAAACAGGAGAAUACACAAAUACAGCAACAUAUAAAAUUAAAUUUAGAAACUCGGUGUAUAUGAAAACCGAUCACAAAAGUAGAUUCUUGCGCAAUAGACUGACAUUUUAGAACAAAUUUUUCUUGAUACACUUUAGAAAAGAAAAACAAAAAAAAAAAAAGAAAAACUAUCCAGAGAGGAGAGACAGUAGAACAGAAUAGUGGAAACCUUAAAAUAUCGAUGUGUAAUAUCCAUGCAAAAGCAUUUUUUAAUUUGCGCUCGCUAACAAUGUACAAUUUUUCAUUUAUUCUAAUAUGAAAUAAAACGUUGCUAACAUAAAUAUUUAUAUAAUCAAGACUAUCACAAGACCACGCCCAAGUUCAUGUCCAUGUUCACGCUUCACUUGUUUUUGAACACUCAGUUUCGUAAAGACUCUUUGACUUGCGAUUAUGUAUAUGUACGAUGUGUUGUUAUUUAUGAUGAAUUAUGAUCAAAACACUUGUUGAGCAAAACAAGUAGUACAUAGAUGGCAAUGAAUGCGGUAAUAUGUGCCAAAAGAGAAACAAACGAAAAAACGAAAUAAACGUUUUAACAAAUUAUCAUUAUGAAUCGAACAUUUACUUUGCCCGCUAACUGUAACUUUACUUUACCAAAAAAAAAUUAAAGAUUAUAACGAAAUGAAGAAAAAUGGAACUGGAAAUUUUAGUACUAUGAAAAUGCAGGCGCCCAUUAAAGCAAUAAACGCAAAUAUGUAGCACAAAACAUAAUAAUAAAAAUAAUUAUAAAAAAAUAUAUAACGAUUAUGAUAAUGAAAAAACAAAUAUGAUACGAGCGAAACCAUUUUGUAUUCUAAAAAUAAUGGAAUUAAUUGUAUGGUAAUCUUAAAGCAGAUAAGAUGAUGAAAAGAAUGAGUUAAAGAAACUAUUUAAUGGUUUUUAGCAGUAAGUGUAUACCCUAGAUAUCUGCCCCCAUAACAAUUACAUAUAUAAAUACACACAACAUAACUUAAAUACGUGUAGCGUUAAUGAAUGUGAAUGAAACUGAAAAUUAUUUUUAUAUGUGUAAUCCACAAAUUUAACAACUAAAAUGAAAAAACUAUACACGACCCACAAUGAGAAAGCGAGUGCGCUUAGUAAGAAAACGAAGAUGACGAUGAUUUUUAUAAAAUACAUACAUAUAUUAUAUAUAAUACUUAUUUAUAUAAAUAUAUGUAUAUAUAUAUUGAAAAAGUAACAUAUGAACAAUACCUAUAGUAAAGCCUAGUUAACUGAAGAUUGGCUAAGUACACUGACAAAAAUAAAGCAACCAUAUAAAAUAAAAACACACAACACGUAAUAUAUACAUAUAUGCCUAAUGAGUAAAGAGACAAAAACGAAAGUAUUCAAAUAAAGUUACAUUUAAGAUACAAA